AUGUAUGUACAAGGAUUGGAGUUUAGUUUGGUGAAGGAGAUGAGUUCCAAUAUAUAUGGUGAUCAAACUGAAGGAAAAGAAAACCCUAAAUGCGGUGAAAGUAUCGAGGUAUCAAGGAGAAAAAAGAUUCAAAAAUUAAGCGGCGACAGGUUGAUUCUAGAGAAGGCACCUGUUUGUGCGGGUGGGGACGCGAUCAUGUUUAUGCUAGUAACACUGAGAGUUCUUAAAGUGCCCUACUUAUGAUUAAUUGGUUGAUCAAUUGGAAACACUGAAAGAAAAUAUGCGGCUAUGAAACAAAUGUUGAUCGAGAAAAACAUUAUGUCUCCUCUAAGCACAUUAUCAAGGCGAUCUCAAUGUGACACAUUUGAAUGUGAUAUAUCUAACACCCAUUCGUGACAGUCUCAUGGUGAGUGUGGUGAAAAUGUUGAUAGGUUGUUGAUAUGGAAUGCACAUUUAAUACAUUUUUGUAUUUUCAAAUAGCUACUUAUAACUAGUUUAAUUUUUGUUAGUUUACCUAUUUCAAGUUUUGUGAUUUGUAAUUUACUUGUGGCUUAAAUUAUUCUGUUUGAACAUUUUUAAUUUAUAAUAAUAUUUUGGAU